GUCAAAAAUUCAUUAUCCUAUCAAUAAUAUUGGAACCACCGUUAUAAUCCGUUGUUUCCUCUUUGAAGGCUUCACUCCACAGAGCUCUUUGCUUUAUCCCCUUCCAACGAUGGACCGCUUCUCUCUUCUCUUCCUCCUCCUUUCCUCCGUCGUUGCUUCGGCCGUCGUCUUCGACGUUAAUAGCGACGGCGAUCCUCUCAUCCGUCAAGUUGUUUCCGAUGGUGGUGUCGAGGAGGACUCCGAUGACCAUCUCCUUAACGCGGAGCACCACUUCACGCUGUUCAAAUCCAAGUAUGGGAAAACCUACGCAUCCCAGGAGGAGCACGAUUACCGACUGGGAGUCUUCAAGGCUAACCUGCGUCGGGCCAAGCGUCAUCAGCUCCUGGACCCCAGUGCCGUCCAUGGCGUCACAAAGUUUUCCGAUUUAACUCCAUCGGAGUUCCGCCGCCAGUAUCUAGGCUUGAAACCGCUCAAGCUCCCAGCCGAUGCUCAAAAGGCUCCUAUCCUUCCGACUGACAACUUACCGGAUGACUUUGACUGGCGUGACCACGGCGCCGUCACUGGUGUUAAAGACCAGGGUUCCUGUGGAUCGUGUUGGUCGUUCAGUGCGACGGGGGCUUUGGAGGGAGCCCAUUAUUUGGCGACAGGAGAGCUUGUAAGCUUGAGUGAGCAGCAACUUGUUGAUUGUGAUCACGAGUGUGAUCCACAACAAUAUGGUGCGUGUGACUCAGGGUGUAAUGGUGGUCUAAUGACCUCUGCUUUCGAGUACACCCUGAAGGUUGGUGGACUUGAGAGAGAGAAGGAUUACCCUUACAUUGGGAAUGACCGUGGUCCCUGCAAAUUUGACAAGACCAAAAUCGCUGCCUCUGUUUCUAACUUCAGUGUCAUUUCUGUUGAUGAGGACCAAAUCGCUGCUAAUUUGGUGAAGCAUGGUCCCCUUGCUGUGGGUAUCAAUGCAGUUUUCAUGCAGACAUAUAUGGGAGGGGUUUCAUGUCCUUAUAUUUGCUUUAGAACUUUGGAUCAUGGAGUUCUUCUGGUAGGGUAUGGAGCUGCUGGUUACUCCCCAAUCCGCUUUAAGGACAAGCCUUUCUGGAUCAUAAAGAAUUCAUGGGGAGCAAACUGGGGAGAGGACGGAUAUUACAAAAUAUGCAGAGGUCGCAAUGUUUGUGGAGUAGACUCCAUGGUCUCAAGUGUGGCGGCUUUGCAUACAAAGUCUCAGUAGCAUUGCCCUGUAAAUGACUGAUAUAAGUAACGGUAAUAUUAGUAUCCAUCAGUAUGUCUUAUCUCUGGAUUUAUGCCAUCUGCUAGAACGGGUUUAUUCCAAUCCUGGUUUAUGCAGCCACCUUUAAAAGGCUGCAUUUAGGAGCUUUAGAAUUUGAAUCUCAGCAUAUGAACCUCUUUUUUCUUGGGCAAUGAUUUUCAUUGUACCAAAGAAAAGGGGUGUAUGCUAGAGAUGAUUAUUACUUAUUUGUGUUGUAACCAAGUGUUGUGAUGUAUAUCAGUACCUAUAUAUGAAUUUGGAACUUGGUAUUA